CAAUUUAAAUUAAUGAAUAAAGACUUGGAUCAGAAAACAAUAGUAUGAAAAACUUAUCAUAAUAAUAGGAUUAAAUAGUUGAUAAGAAAUUAGCUUUAAUGGAAGCUGAAUAUGAGAUGUUCAAAAAAUAUGACAAUCCAAAUUAUAAAGGUGCUGAUUAUCCUGUUGAUUAAAUUAAUAAUUUAAAUACAGAAAAUCAAUAAUAAAAAGAGAAUGACGAUGAAAAAGAAAAAGAAGAAAAUCAAGAUUUGGAAGAAGAAGAUGAAUUCUAAGAAUUUUAAGGAUACGAAAAAAUGGAAGAGAAUUCUGAUAAAGAAGAAGCAGAAGAUGAAAUAAAUUAUGAUCAAGUAGAACAUGCUGAUCCUUUUGCUAAACCCUUAGAUGUAGAUUUAAUUAAGAAAUGUAUGGCAGAAAUCUCAUUGCCUACUCCAGCUUGGGCUUAAAGUUUUUAAGGUUGGGAAUAAAAAUUGAGUUAAAUGAAAUAGUUAUGAUAAGUUUUUAGAAAACAUCAAAAAUCAGUAAC